AUGUCCGCUGAGGAAGAACCAAAGAAAAGUGCCCCUGAAACAGUCGCUGAAACCUUGGACGAUUCUGGGUCCAAGAAAGUCACCUUCAAUGACAAUCAUACUCCAUCACCGGAGAAGCUCAGCAGCCCGACGGAACCUUUAGAUAAUCUCUCCAAAUCGCCAUCGAUUUUGAAGAAACUGGGGGAAAAACCACCUCCAAGACCUCCUAGACCUUUAUCACCAAGACAAAAGGCCAAAAAGACUUUACAGGAUGCUUUUCCUAACAUGGAAGAAAAAUAUAUCAAUGCGGUGUUGAUCGCCAGUGAAGGGGAUUUGAAUCCUGCCUUCAACGCACUUUUGUAUUUAUCUGAUCCUGAAUCAAAAGUUGAGGUUCCUGAGCCAAAACAAAAGCCCCCAGUGCCUUCGAGGAACCGUCAUAAGUCUUUGCAAAUGCAAGAAGAUGAGCGAUUGGCAAGAAGAUUGGCAAGAGAGUUCAAUAAACCUGAGGUUGGUUCCAAUCCUCAACCAAAUACUAGAAGUGCCAAUACCGAAGAACCGGACGUUAUAAAUCAAUUUUUGGAUGAGGACUUACCACAGUUAAAGAAACAAUUUGAAAAGGGGUUUGAGGAAACUAGACAAAAAGUUGGCACUUUCUUCAGCGGCAUCACCAAGCAAUUACAAGGUGACGAUGAUAGUGAUGAGGAAUAUAGUAUCAGAUACAAACCUAAUAGAAGCUUACACAAUAGUCAGAGUCGCAUUGACAAGACUACUCGUAUAAAUACCAUGAAGAAUAGAAAGAUCAAGGAUGAUGAAGACGGACAAUUGUUUGGAGCUUUAGGCUCAUUGGGAUCGCCACCGGUUUCCGCAAGAAGCUCUGCAACGUUCAAAAGAAAUGAAUAUGAGGGGGACAUGCCUGUUGAACAAUUUUCUACAAUCACAUUGACUAACAAUGAUAAAGAUUUGCCGGAUGUACCUAUUGUUAGUUCUAAAUUGGAAACUGUCGAUGCGACAAACCCACAAAAUUCUGGGAGUGUUUGUGGUGAUGCUAAGCCGCCAUCCAAUCAAAAUUCUAAAAGCAGCUCUGAGCCAGUUGAUACUAAGAAAGGUGGGGCCAGUAAGUGGGAACCUUUGACCGAUGUUCCACCUCAACCAAUUACCGAUGACGCUUUCCUUGUCACUAGCAGUGAUGAUGAAGAUGAAGACGAUGAAGAAACUAAAACAGCAGAUAAAAAAUAA